AACAUAUGGAUCGUCUUGUGCCGUAACAAGAAACACCACCGCGUACAAGGAAAAAAAACACACUGAUCUUGAGAUGGGCAGAAGUUCUCGAAUCAGUUCGAAGGACGGACUCGCCAAAGGAGCAUGGUCUGCUCUUGAAGACGAAAUCCUCGUAGAUUAUGUCAAAACCCAUGGAGAAGGAAAAUGGAGUAACCUUGCCAAACAUACAGGGCUCAAGAGAUGUGGAAAGAGUUGCAGACUUCGUUGGAUGAAUUACCUUAGACCAGACAUAAAGAGAGGGAACAUUUCAGGAGAUGAAGAAGAACUAAUCAUGAGGAUGCACAAGCUGUUAGGCAACAGAUGGGCUCUGAUUGCAGGAAGGCUGCCAGGAAGAACGGACAAUGAAAUCAAGAAUUACUGGAACUCCUAUAUAGCAAAGAAGGCUAAAGAUCAGUUCCCAUCAACAAGGUCUGUUGAGAUUAUUGACAAAAAGGAAGACAUUAGAGUUGAUCUUCAAGGUGGGGUGGCGCUGUCCUGUGGUGUCUGUCCGCAGCAGCAAGGGAAGGAAGACGCCAUUCAAUUAAAUCCAGACACGAAGAACGCGGCAUUAACAGGACCUUUCUCUGGCAACGGCUUAACCAAACCCAAGCUAGAACUAGAAAACACGCCGACGAACUUCAUUCUGGGCUUUAGUUCGGAGGAUUUUUCCAACAUGCUUGAUUACGAUUUCGCGAAGCUCAAUGACGGUAAUAUAAACGAGUUGAAAAACGCGAUCGAAGGCGACAGCAGCGGCACUCUUCUUAAUCCUCCUUUAUCGCAGGAAAUUACGGAAAAAAAUGGCGACUUGGGUAGUAGUAGCAGUGCUGCUGAAGGUGACCAACCUAAUAAUAAUAAUAAUUAUUAUAAUUAUAAUAUGGUUUCUGCUGCAGAUUUAUUCCAGCCAUUGUUUCUUGAUUCAAAUGAUGGUUGGCAGGUUGGAGAUGAUAUUGACAUUUUGUUCUCCAACUAGCUAGCUAAAGUUGGUUAGACCUAAAUGUUGAGUUUUUGCAUUCUAAAUUCAACCUUUGUACCAGUCCAUGUCUAAGAUUUAUCCCAUCUGCCUAAGUAAUAGCGGACGGGCCCUAAAUAAUUCUGUUGGGCAUUUAAAGUUGCUAGAUUUGCGCAACUUCUAAUAAAUCUACAAAAUAAUAUAAUUGAUUUGAUAAGCU